UCUGGCUUCGCUGCUGCAGCAUUUUCGGCCGCAGGCGGUUCUGUCAACAUGGCGGGUACCCUGGGUCUCGUCUUCGCCGGACGUGUCCGCGCUGUCGUAGCUCCCUGGGGCUUCGCGACCCGAGGGGUGGCAGGCCCAGGUUCUAUCGGCCGCGAGCCGGACCCCGAUUCCGACUGGGAACCGGAGGAGCGGGAGCUGCAGGAGGUGGAGAGCGCCCUGAAACGACAGAGAAAAGCCAUUCGGUUCCAGCAAAUUCGGAGGCAAAUGGAGGCGCCAGGUGCCCCACCCAGGACUCUGACGAGGGAAGCCAUGGAGCAGAUCCGGUACUUACGUAAAGAAUUUGCCGAGUCCUGGUCAGUCCCCAGGUUGGCGGAAGGCUUUGAUGUUAGCACCGAUGUGAUCAGAAGGGUUUUAAAGAGCAAGUUUGUUCCCACAUUGGAGCAGAAACUGAAGCAGGAUCAAAAAGUCCUUAAGAAAGCGGGACUUACCCCCUCGCUCCGCCAGCUUCCGGGCUCUGGGGACACCUGGAAACUGCUUCCCACGGGCCACUCUGUGUCGGGAGGUGAAGCCUCAUGCCAAGGCCAGGGUCCCAGCACAGCGCUCACGGUGACGGAACCGAAUACUCACAGCACAGACCCACCGAGGAGACAGAAGAGAAGGAAUAACGGGGUCCAGAGCCUGGAGGAGGAGAGCUUGGCGCCUGUGGCUGAACGUCAUCGGAGAGAGCCGCGGAAGUGUCCCACCACGGACUGUGAGGGCGCCAGGGGGACCGACAGGGCUGGGUUGCCAAGUGCGAUCAGGCUGGAGGAGCUGAAGGCAGGAGAGCAGGGCGGCCAGAACUUCAGCAGCAAAGUGGUGCAGCGGGGGCGUGAGUUCUUUGACGGCAAUGGAAACUUCCUGUACAGAAUCUGAGCUGGAGCCUGACUUGCGGAGAUGCUGCGUCAAACCCAGCUGGGCCGGGGCAUCUGCGCUGCCUGGAUUCCUGUGUGUGGAUCAGCCACCCUGAAAUAAGAGGAGGUGAUGAGUCUGGAAAUGGAGGAAAGAGUUGCUUGGGUUUCCAGCUGACGAGAGGCAGUGGACUUCACAGGGCAGGUGUAUAUGGGGGCAGCGUGAAUGCCCGGCCGGGUACAGCCCAGCUUCCUGGAGCUUGGCUCCCCUGGUCUGACCCACACGGACAUUCACUACUCACCCAUCUUGCUUAGGUUCUCUCUUUCCAAACCAGCCCAUAUUGCAUGUGUUAAGGGAUUUCAGUUGUACCUGUAAGAUAUGUUUUGGAAGAAUUCAGAUGUUGGCCUUCUGACUUUGUUAUUUCUUGAUUAAUGAACACUAACAGUUCUGAAACUGCUUAGUCAAUUGGCUGUUUUCAUUAUGUGCAAAAUAAACUGAAACAUAGCA